AUGAACGGAACUGGCGGCAACGGUACUGGCAGGCCGUGUCAGGGAGGUGGUGGCUAUGGACCUGGUCGAGGCGGCGGCAACGGUCCUUGGUGGGACGACGACGACGAGUCUUCUAGUAGUGAUUUUCCUGGACCGCCUUUCGGUAACGGAGCGGGUCGAUUUGGAGGGCCGUGGUGGCUGGAUACGAACGCGACGGACGAGAGUCAUCCGUGCUGGAACGAAAGCAGCCCUUGCUUCAACGCGACGGGCCGAUGGGGGCCGUGGUGGCUGGACGAGAACGCUACAGCGCCGCCCUGCUUGAACGGAACCGGGCCGUGCUAUAACGGGGAUGGACCUGGCUGGGGUUUCGGGGGUCCGUGGUGGCUGGAUGAAAACGGCACUGCUCCGUGUGUUAACGGAACAGGCCCGUGCUUUAACGGAACGGGAGCUUGCAAUAACGGAUCUGGAUGCGGAAGGGGAGGGUUUGGAAGAGGCGGGUUUGGGAGGGGCGGGGGAUUCGGCCGGGGUCGGGGGAGAGCAUCCCUCUCCAGCUGCUCUUCUGAUGCUCCGCUGCUCUCCGGAGGCUCCUUCUUCCUCUCCAUCUUCAAGAAUGCCACUGGCCAUUUCAACCUCCAUUACACCGUAAUUAUCCGUAACAUCACCUCCGCAUCCUCCGUCCCCGAUACAAUCACACUCGUUAAGAGCAGCACCAGCUGCAACAGUUCCGCCCCCACCCUCUUCUCUUUCCCUGUUGCCGCCGACGAAUGGGAGCUCGCCAACUCAACGGGUGGCCCCGCCAGGUGGGGCCUCCACACCACCGUUACUGUAGCUCGGCUCUUUGACACCUUAGAGGAUGUCGAUGCUGCUACUAUCGAGGAUAUUCUGGCCAGCGUUCCCAAUGCUACUGUACCAGAGGAUUGGGCGAAUGGUUGUGGGGAAGAGGGUGGGGCAGCGGGGGAGGGGAUUGUGGGAGACAGCAGAUGCAUGGUUUAA